GUAUUUAUAGAACUGUUCGAGUUUAAAGGAAGUUAACGUUCGUUUUCAGUUGAUGACGUUUGACGUUAUAAAAAAUUUAAAACAGGAACUGUAUCAUGCGGCUAGACGAGGAAAGGAUGGCACGCACCAGCAGCGAAGUAUAACGAAAUAUCAAACGCAAGAAAAAGAAAUCCUUUCCGAGCGGUGAGGAUGCUGCGUGUGAGUUUUCGUCUGUGAAAACUGUGACAGUCUGAGGAAAGCAUCUGAACCGUGCGCUCGACAAUUCGUAUCUCCUGCAUCGGGGUUAGUGAUCGCGAGUGAUCGUGAACGUGAAAGUCAAUCUCGCGUGCCGACGGUUAUUCUGUGACAUAGUACUGAACCACAAGGGGCUUCUAAAAAUAUCGGCCGGUUGGCGUUGUUUUCGCUAUUCACGCAUAUACAAGUUACGUGUAUACAGUAGUUAACUAAAUGCCUCCAACCGUGAUUCGCAUGCCAGGUUCUUCUGCUGCCGGUCCACGUGGUGGAGGUGGACACUUUAACGAGACCCAAAACCGAGGAAUACGAAUUGGAUGUUGCCGAGUUUGUACCUGUAUCAAUUUGGAUUUCUUCAUGUCGAAAAACGGCAUUCUGAAAAUUUUCGAGAUAAUACUUGGCUCCUUCUGUCAGACGUUGUUGAUUCAGUUCGGCAUGGAUUCGGCCAAGGAUAUCGGAGAGGCGUUCCACGGAUUUCUGACGACAGUUUCGGCAUGUCUGACGACGACAACGAUUUUACUGCUGUGCUACACGAUUUCAUCCAGGACGUUUCACCUGGUGCGGCAGUCCAUUUUCGAAGUAAUGUACAACGGGAUCUCCUGCUUCCUGUAUUUAAGCGCCUCUUCCUACAUGGGCUUUGCGGUAAAUGUUUGGCUUUAUCCGAAGUUUCUGCUAUUCAAAAAUACAGGCGGAAUCCACAGCUCCUAUCCAGCGAUGACGGCAGUUUACUAUAUGGGUACGAUCGUCGGAAUUGUGUACGGACUGGAUGCGUUUGUGGCUUUUCGAUACUUGAAAGGAUACACGUGAGACCGCACUUCGAAUUGCAAAAUUUUAACUGAUGUAUUUAAAUAUGUAUGUCGCUAUGCGAACGAUUAUAUUGUAUUAGAUUUCAUUCGCACUAUUUAAAGCAGGUGAAACAUUUACGCAUUUAUACACAUCCAAUAAAAAAACUAUUGUUGAUAUUUUACUUAUUUGUA